UUAAAACACACAAUGAACACAAAUUUGAUUAACAAAUUGAGGAAUAUAAAAGUUUGAAUACAUUAUGAUAUAAAAUUUAUUAUGUAAAUGAUAAUUUUCUUAAGAAAAUAUAAAUAAUUGGCAUGUAUGUUGCAUACAAAAGCAACAAUUUAGUAUGGAAAGAAAGCUAUUCAAAUUGAAUACAACGACACACAGGAGUUAACAGUUAGUUCCAAAAUGGUAACAUGGCUUCAAGUUGGAAAGUAUACAUUUAUAAUUAUUUUGGCCUGUUAUUUCUUCUACUUUCAGGCCACAGCCUUGGUAUUCAAGUAUCUGAAAGGGGAGACAGUUACAAUUUCAAGAUCUGAGAAUAAACCCCUUUCUGCUCCGGCAUUGACCUUCUGCAUCAAGAAUCAGUUAAAGAAUUUGACUUCUUAUGGUGAAAUGAACAGGGGAUUUUCAGAUACUUGUAAUACUUCAUCAGUUAAGGAGUUGAACGAAUGCUUUGAUAGAUAUACAUAUAACCACACUGAAAUUGUUGAAGAUGUUUUACUUGGAAGGAACAGAUCAUUUUUAGGUUUGAACUACUGGACAUCAUACUUUCAGGCAAAAAGUAUGGGGAGAUGCCAUACUUUACAAAUACCUAAUUUACUAAAUGGAAGUGGGGUUGAGAACAGCAUUUUAAUAAACUUUAAUGCGCAAAAUGAUUUGACCUACAUCACUAUUGUACAUGACCCAAAGUUUUUCCUAACAGCAUUAAAUCCAUUAACCUUCAGUCGCUUUUGUAUUGUACAGAAUAAACUACUCUCGACAAAAAAAAAUGGAACAGGGGAAAAAUUCUUUUUGAGUGUUCAUCAUCAUGUAAAACGGGAGUAUGAUCCAAAAGGAAAUAAAAAAUGUGAUCCGGAUCCAAACUAUAACUUCAUGAUCUGUGUCCAGAAUUUUGGAGCUCGCACAGUGGGUUGUCAUCCUAGCUGGGAUAACUUUUUCAAUGACUAUCCCAACUGUACAACAAUUAAUCAGAUUAAGCAGCAUGAGGAAUUGUAUGAAUUCUACUAUUUUGAGGACAAGAAUAGGAUACAGGAAAAAACUGGAUGUUUAGAACCUUGUGAUUUUUUUGAAUAUAGGUUUGUGGGUGAAAUACUGGCUUAUACUCACGCGGAUGCAAAAUUGUUCAAAAUGAGUCUAAGUUUGGUGUCAUCAUCUUACGAGCUAUUAGUGGAAGAACUUGGGUAUCCCUUCCCUUCCUUUUUGGGGGAAUUCGGAGGAGCCUUAGGCUUAUUUCUUGGAGCUUCAUUUCUAAGUAUCUGGGAUUUUGUAGAAUUUUUGACAUUAAAGAUAAAAAAGAUCGCUGGCAAUUAGUUUAAGAACCAUAUGAUUAUUAUUGACAUGGUUAUUAAGGGUAAAAGAUUUUUCACAAAUUUGAAAGGUAUCAAUUUAAAUCAUUAAAUACUUUAAUGUAUUUUUGAUUUACAAAACAUUUACAAAAGACAUUUAUCGCAAAGAUUAAAGUUGACCAUCGCAAAUGGCCUUCUUUUGUGAUCAACCCAAGUGAGAGUGUUUUUUUUCUUCUCAAAAUAUGUCGAAAUGGGCAACAAAAGAUCAACCUUUCCAAGCCAUAUUCAACGAAAUUUUUUUUUUACAAAAUAAUGAAAAAUAGCCAAGUUGGAUCUGGAAAACAAGGGAAAACAGCAGAUUUUGUGAUUUCCCAAAUUUUUUCCACUUAAAUCCUCCUAGAUCGCAUGUUUUUGAAUAUUUUUACAAACCGUUUGCUGCGUUGAAUUAGACUUUGCAAGACGGAUCUUUUGAUACCUAUAUCGACAUAUUUUGAAAAAAUUUCACUUGUAUAACCUGUUUUUCGGCCACAAAUAGUCAUUAACGAUGGUUAGUUUGGAUUUUAUCGAAAAAUGCUUUAAAUAAUUCUGCUUAAAAUUAACAAACACAGUAGUAUUUACUUCUUGAUUUGUGUUUCACGAAAAUGAUUCACCCUUCAUGGUUAUGUCAAGAGAAAAAUUUGUAAUCUGAUUUUUUAUGAAUGUUUGUUGGAAACUGAUAAAAUUUAGAUCUUAUAAAUAUGUGAUUUCAACUCUAGCUCUGAAUGUGAAUAAAAUAAAUAAAAUGUUACUUACAUAUAAUUUAGUAAACCCCAUCAGAUUCGAAUACUUAUAAAUUCAAACCAUUAAAUAUAAAAUAUUCUUUUACAAGAAGUUGCCUUUUUUCUGUCACCAUUUUUAUUAAUAAAUGUUAUAAAAGAUGACGUUCGCACUUUUCGACUUUAAAUAUUUUCAUAAUCACUUCAUGUUACAAAAUGUUACUAGUACCUUUUAGUACAGUGUACUGUUCAAUGAUUAAAUUAAGAACUAAAAGAAGUUUAGAUUUUUAAAAAGUUGCCUUAACUAUUCAAUUUAGAUUAAAUAAGGCGAAAUAAACAGUAAACACGCCUGACUAACAAUUUUUUCCAAAUCUGACAUCAAGAGUCAGAUUUGGGCCAAGCAUGGUUCUGAACUUCCCUCCCCUCUAAUUGGAUAAUGUAAAAUCAGUUUUCUAUUAUCCACAGUUUUAAAAUCGAUUUGUAAGACUGUGAGUAAAAAUGAACAAUCACUUUAAUUUUAGUUAUU